AUGGUAUCAGUGGUACUCUCUUCAGAUCUCUUGCCACCGCAUGGUGUGUCUGAUACUCAUAUUUUGAUGGGACAAUACAGUACUUCCAAAGGCGAUGAUGGGAGCAAACAACGUGUUUAUACUGUCUUUGACUCUAUUUCCUGUGUGGACGUUGAUGUGAUUGCUGAACAAGUAGAGUGCCUCGAACAAAUUUUACCUUGCGGCAUUGUAUUUUUAGGAUUAUUGUUAUCUAACAAUGAUGUGAAGAAGCUUGCAAAUAUGCGGAGUUCUCUAAAGGAUCAUUCACGAGGAAGUUCACUAUUUGCUGUGAUAUACAAUGGGGAAACUUCCACACGAUGCGAGUUAUUAAUGAAACCUGGUACGACACUACCACUAACAUCACCAAAGACAAGACCCUUGUUUGUUUCAUUGCCUUGCUACUUGAGGUCACCAUUGAAUAUGUUGCCGCUUAUAGUUAGAUUGAAAAAUAAAGAUGAUACCAACUACGCAGUAAUAGAUUUCAAUAGUUCUAUUAUACUUGGAAAUAAUGACCUCUGGAAUUUCACUAAUGAUAUUUUUGCGAUACAAUUAGGUGGAUCAAUAGAAAGCAAUGAGGAUAUGGUGUGUGUAUACAUCACUUUUGCUCCUUUUAGUUCAUCUGGUUCAGAUGUCUAUCAUGCGAUUUGUUCUUUUCUACCAAGACUGAAACAAAAACCACAUGGUGUGUUGGUGCGUGUACAGUCUGAAAGGAAUUAUGCGAUGAAUUACCAAUGGGUGUUUACACCCACUCAAAAAGGUUCAUCUAUUCUUUCCAAACCUCAAUGGAUUGAACUGAAGGAAUUAAUUGAGGAUGGAGCUGGAGAGACGGUAAGACCAUUUCAAGUGCUCUCAGACGAUUCUAAUGAGCUCUCACCUAUUCCACUAGAAAACACGGGUGAAAAGGAUGAAAAAACCUUUAAGGGGGAGAAACAGCAGUCGGUAGUUCGACCAGUUGCAUUUAAGCCUGAGAAAAAUGAAAAUUCUUUAUUCAAGUGGAUAUCCAUUGUCGUCGUUGUUUGUCUCGCGGGAGCUAUGGCGUUUAUUUGGUCUGGGCAGUUCACAUCGUAA